GGCCGGGCCGGGCCUCCGCCUGCUGCGCCCCAGCCCCGAGAGCGCCCGGCACGGCGGCCGCCGACGCAGCAGCUGUGCGGGGCUCGCGCGGCCCCGGAGCGCGCGGGGGCGCGGGCGGCGCGGGCGGGCGCUGCGUGAGAGCGUGCCAGGCGGCGCGGGGCAGGCCGCACCCGCGCCCGGCCGCCCCCGGGCCGCGCAGCCCCCCGGCGCGGGCGAUGCCGCCGCGCUGACCGGCCCAGCAUGGAGAAGCCCCCGGGCGCGGCGGCGGCGGCGGCGGCCGAGGAGUUGAGUCAGGUGCCCGACGAGGAGCUGCUGCGCUGGAGCAAGGAGGAGCUGGCGCGGCGGCUGCGGCGCGCCGAGGGCGAGAAGGUGGGCCUCAUGCUGGAGCACGGCGGCCUGAUGCGCGACGUGAACCGGCGCCUGCAGCAGCACCUGCUGGAGAUCCGCGGCCUCAAGGACGUGAACCAGCGGCUGCAGGACGACAACCAGGAGCUGCGCGAGCUCUGCUGCUUCCUGGACGACGACCGGCAGAAGGGGCGCAAGCUGGCGCGCGAGUGGCAGCGCUUCGGGCGGCACGCGGCGGGCGCCGUGUGGCACGAGGUGGCCCGCUCGCAGCAGAAGCUGCGCGAGCUCGAGGCGCGCCAGGAGGCCCUGCUGCGCGAGAACCUGGAGCUCAAGGAGCUGCUGCUGCUGCUGGACGAGGAGCGCGCGGCGCUGGCCGGGGGCGCGGGGGGCGCGGGCGGCGCGGGCGGCGCGGGCUCGCGCAGCUCCAUCGACAGCCAGGCCAGCCUGAGCGGGCCGCUGGCGGGCGGCGCGCCGGGCGCGGGGGCCCGCGACGUGGGCGACGGCAGCAGCACGUCGAGCGCGGGCAGCGGCGGCAGCCCGGACCACCACCACCACCACCACCACCCGCACGUGCCGCCCCCGCUGCUGCCCCCCGGGCCGCACAAGGCCCCCGACGGCAAGCCCGCGGCCACGCGCCGCUCCCUGGACGACCUGUCGGCGCCCGCGCACCACCGCAGCAUCCCCAACGGCCUCCACGAACCUUCGUCCUCCUACGCGCGGCCGCUGGAGCCCAAAGCGAAGGAGGGUGACAAACUCCUCCCACAGCAGGCUGGCCCCGGAGAGUACCGCACGCUGCGGAAAGGCUUCUCCCUGUACCACUCGGAGUCCCAGCUCGCCGCCCUGCAGCAGCCCUAUGCCGACCCCCUGCAGAACGGCCCAGCCUAUGGGGUCUCCGAGCUGCCCUCGCCUCCUUCCGCCAGCUCAGUGGGCCGGAAACCCGAGGCUGUUGUGAACGCCAUGAAGGUGCUGGAGGUGCACGAGAACCUGGACCGGCAGCUGCACCCGUGUGAGGAGGACUUGAGCGAGAAGGAGAAGGCCAUCGUGCGCGAGAUGUGCAACGUGGUCUGGAGGAAGCUGGGGGACGCCGCCAGUUCGAAGCCGUCCAUCCGGCAGCACCUGUCUGGGAACCAGUUCAAGGGCCCCUUGUAGCCCCUUGGUGCCCGCCAGGCCCCGGGCCCGGGGCGCGUCCCUCUCCCGUGACCUGUACAGAAGACGGACGGGCCGGGGCAAGCGGUCCAGUCUGCCCACCGGCCCCACCUACACCUGCGGGGUCCCCUCGACCUGCCGGCAAGUGCUGGGGUGUCUGGUCCCUGGAGGGGGACCCACCCGGCCGUCACUGUGGACAGAGCCUUGUGGCGGGGUGACGGGGUCUGCCUCCUCCGAGGAGCCCGCCCGGCUCUGCCUUUCUCGUGCCGUGUGACCUCCAGCCUGCACUCGGCCCGUAUGGGCUUCCUCGCGCUCAGCCGUGCUCACAGGGUGGGACCCUGGGUUUACGCUCAGCUGAGUCCUGCCUUCUGGGCACAGUGGGCCAUGCCCUCUCGGUCCUGAGCAGAGGCCUGCAGUGUAGGGCGGCCGUGUGUCACCCCUUCAGUGCGCGAGGCCGGGGCCCAGCGGGGCGCCCCACUCUGCGCCCUGACACCCCAGGAGCUCAGCACCUCCAUUCCGGUCCAAGGCUGUCUGCAGGGCCGUGACUCUGUUCCACGCCUGCUGGGCCGGGCGCCCCUGGGCACUGCCCUCGAGGGGAUGCUGUCUCCCCAGAGAGCCUGGUGGGCUUCCCCGCGCCGCCCACCGGGCCUCUUGCAGGAAAGGGCGUCCCCUCCCCUCCCAGCCUGUGGAGGCUGCGGCGUGGCCGCCCAGAGGCAAGCAAUAAGGGCUCCCUGGCCUCCUGCCUCAGCUCAGAGGGCGCCCCGCGGGCCCCUGCAGCCCCCAGGGAGUCGGGUGGGACGGUCCCUCCAGCCCGCGCAGGCCCUGUGCCUGGCCCUACUUCGAUGGCCGGCAGGCUGGACGCCCCUGCUCAGCGCCCGUCCCUUCCCCGGCCUGUCUUCACUCCCACUGUGACAGCGUCCCCCGCGGGCCUUGGAAGCGGCUCAACCGUUUCCAACCUUUUCAUCCAAAACUUCGAACUACACAUCAGUGUUUAAAGAGGAGAAAGUGACCUUUCAUUCUUUUUUUCCUUGCAAACUUGAGCGCAAAUGAAAUACUACUGAGUUUUUGUCUCCCGAGGACCGAGCUAGGGCAGGAAGCCGUGAGCUGACUCGGCCGGGGUGCGGGGUGCGCGUGCUGCUCUGAGGGGCGGAACGGCUGGUUCCUGCCCGGGCCGCAGCCUGUGCUCGUUUCUGUCGACUGUGACCGGGGACAGAGCCGCCCCCUGCCCGCUUCUGGGCAGCACUGGCAGCCGGGCAGCCCCGGGCCCAUUUCUACCUUCUGUUGAACCACUUUGAUUUGGGGGAGAGAAAAAAAAGAAAUAGAACUUUUUGAUAGUGUGGUAAAAGCAUUGAUCUGAACUAUUUUAGUAAGGAGUCAGAGACUGUGAUAGCGUCUACUUUGUGCUAGAUAAAUAAAGGCUCUUCGCAAGCCUGCUGGCUGGCCAGUG